GUAGCCAUUUUACGCAUGGAGAUUUCGUUCGCGUAAGCAGUGUAGUAAUAGUGUACGCGCGUGAUUUUUCGACGACAGGUCGAAAUACGGUGCGUGUGUCCACGGGCCGUGCCUGCUGUUGCACAAUGCGCUGAGGAAGUUUGAAGCCUGCUCUUGGCUUGAUCAAGAUCUUACACUUGUUCAUUAGCAGCCUAUCAAGAUGGCAUCGACUAAGUCUAAAGAAGUUGCGGAUGAGUACAUCUCAUCGCUGUCCGAUCUUACAAUCAACAGUAAGCCGCUUAUCAAUAUGCUCACCAUGUUGGCCGAAGAUAAUAUUGAACAUGCAUCAGCAAUAGUACAAGCUGUCGAGACUCAUCUACAAAAGGUGAGAAGUGACAUCAAGUUACCAGUACUCUAUCUCAUCGACUCGAUUGUCAAGAAUGUAAAUGGAGACUAUCUGAAUCUCUUUACACAAAAUAUAGUAAAUACAUUCUGUGGGGUGUUUGAAAAGGUCGAUGAAAACACAAGAGCCAGCAUGUGGAAGUUACGGCAAACGUGGAACGAUGUAUUUCCACCGAAAAAAUUAUUUUCAUUAGACGUGCGAGUACAAAGUAUCGAUCCUGCAUGGCCGAUCACUGCCUCUUCUAGUAAUAUCUCUUCAGGAUCCAUACAUGUAAAUCCACGAUUUUUUUCGACAAUGCCUCAACAAACUGCAACAUCAAUUGUCCCACCUGUUAAAUUGUCAUCAGGAGAACCAGUAACAACAACGGAAGCAGUUAUGCGAGAACAGUUGCUAAAAAAACAACGAGAAUUGUUAGAAUUGCAGAAAAAGAAGAUUGAGCUAGAACUAUUGCAAGCUAAAGCGAGUUUAGAGCAACAGCAGAGGCAACUUGAUAAACAAGCUGGCAGCUUGAAGACAGAAGUGGUUAUACCCACUGCACAUGUCUCCCCAACUACAGAGGUAGCAACACAAGGAAAACCUGUGGCACCUGUAAUACCAAAUCAAACACCAAAACAAGUAGCAAAACAAUUUCCCGCAGCAGCUGCCCUUUUAAAGAAUGCAGGAGCAAACAGCGGUCCCCGAAUUGCACCAGCUAGUAGUAUAGCAGUAGCAUCAGCUAAGCCAGUCUCACGAGAUCCACGUUUGAAACCUACUCCUGCUGCUCAGGAUGUGGCAACAGUACUAACGGUAGAUCCACGACAACGAUCGGGUACGACCAGUCCGAAAGAAUCACGGAGCGAAGGUCAAACACAGCCAGUCGCAAAUACCAUUGUAACUUCAAACCAAUUAAAGCAGCAGUUACCUUCGAAACCGGCUGUAACUAGCACUGUCAACAAGCCUCCGGCGAAUCCCGCCGGUUCCGAUAAUCCGACGUUAUUAAACGUUAUUAAUAACAAUCAUGCUGAUACGAAUCUGAACAAUAGUAAUAAUAAAACUUUCAGUGGUAAUAUAAAUAAAGAUGCUGUCUCGCAUCGAACAAGUCAAAAGAAAGACCCUCGAUUGACUAGUAAUAGUAGUGGUAACCUAAACAGCUCCAAAAUCGGUCAAAGUUCGGUUUGCAAUAAUAGUUCGUCUUCUUCAACAUUGUCAGCGAGUAGUCGAGGAAGUGGAGGUGGUGACUCCAAGUCGAAAGAUUCGAAGAGCUCGAAUUCGUCACGCGGUUCUUCGUCUUCGACAGCCGACAAAUCUUCCACUUCCUCUAAAUCCUCGCAUAGAAAAGUAGGGAAUAAGUCGCGGUCUAAACAACCGCAAGUCUGUCCAAAUAAGAUUCCGAAAGUCGACAGAGAUUCUAGUCCGGUUAGGUCAAAAUCUCGUGAGAAAGACAGCGGAGACAGUUCACCGUCCUCACGUACUUCUCCACAAUCCUCCUUCCAAGCCUCUAAAAACCGCAAGAAGAACACGAAAUCCAGAAAACGUAGUCCAAGUCCCCCAUAUAGAAUUCCCAGGCGUAACGAUAAAUCGAAUUCAACUUUGAGCAGUUCUGGUGGUGUUACUGAGGAGGAGCAAUCGGGUUCGCUGAUAGUAUCUCCUCCUCACCCACCAGCAUUCAAAGAAAUCAGACCGAAUGCUAGACAAAGAAAUUAUGUAAGACGAAAUAAAGAUGACAGUCUUAGUCCGGAACGUUCUCCAGCCAGUGCUGGAAAUGCUCAAAUCGCUGCUGAGCCAACAUUGGAGUCCUCUAGCAAAGAUGAAGAUCUCAGAGCAUCGCUAUCUCUACCUGGCACUACUGUUUCCAUACCCGAAAAGAGUGACUACAAUGUUUGCCUCAUCUCUGGUAGCAAUUGCAAGACUAUAGCAGAAGAGGAUUUAGAUCUACGAGUAUUACCAUCUGUUAACACUAGUAAGAGACGCAGCGAGGAUGUAGAAUCAUCUCCGAUUAAGAAAACUAAGGCUGAGAAAUUUGAUGCAUUAUUUGGUAACGAAGACGUAGAUCUGCGUACUCUGACCCAUCCUAAAGCUGGUCGCCCUCCAACGCCUCCACCGCCCGUAAUUUCCGGGGAAGACGGGAAAGAUAGCUGGGCGAAAUUGAAAACGCCGCCAAAGAAUGAGAGAGAUAAGCAAGUUAACAAUGCCGAUGAUAAACGUGAAAGGGAUCGUAACAGAGACAGACUGGGUCGUCUCAGGCUUUAUAAUAAACUUCCGGAUGAUCCUAAAGAGAGAAGAAGGACGUUAUCGAACGAAGAACAAGAUACUCGACCAGGACGUAGAAGCCGGGAAAAUGAUAAGCCUGAAAGAAACGACGAUAGAAACAUUGAAAUCAUAAUGAAGCAAGCCGCCGAACAAUUAAACCAAGGAUUGAUUACUAAAACGCAGUAUAACACUUUGAUACAGGAGGUAUUGCACAUGAGCGAAGAUCGAAAAUUGCGUGCCGCGCAGCGUAAGGAGAAAGAAGGUGGUACCGUAAUCUGGGAGAAAGGCAUUAACAUGGAUAUCGGUGCCGGAGAUCGCGCCGCAACAUUCAGUCCGUCCAACGACAAGGAGGUGAUACGGAAUAAGGAGCACCCGAUACCGCGAAAUCCUAAUGGUCCGAGGUGGCAGAAUCAGCCGUGGCAGCAACCGUGGGCACAUCCACCUGGACCGCCAUACGGGCCACAGGGACACUUCAAUUCGGACAUGAGACCGAUUGGACCUUGGCAGAAUCCGCGACACUUCGGACCGAUGAGACCAGACUAUCAGUAUCAUGGCGGCUUCAAUCACAGCAUGGGACCUAAUCCGCGAUUAGGGCCGGGUAUAAUGGGUGGUCCGAUAGGUCCCAACGGUCCGAUCAUGUCAAAUCUUUUGUCAAACGGCCCAAUGGGUCCAAUGGGACCCAUACCAAACUCUCCUAUGGCGAUGGGAUGUCACCCCAUGAUGAUGAAUAACGGACCGAUGACAAAUCUCAUGAAUCCGAAUAUGCCGCCCUUAGCAUCCGGUAGAAAUUUAUCGCCAAACGCAUCCGCCAAAUACGAUAUCGAUGAUAGCGAUCAAAGUUAUGGCGGCACGACAGUGAAGAACCCCGGACCGCACAAUCGCGAAUUGCCGCCGCCAGAUUCGAAAUUGUUGGCCGAGAUAUCGAGAGAUACCAUGAAGUCCAUAAAUAUUGACAAUGUACCGCGAGAAAUUCGAUAUUACGGGCAAACAGGUGUGGUGUUCAUGAAUUGGGACGAUCCGCGCGAGAUCGGCUUCCAGGAUGGCAUAAGAAGAAUAUUGAUCGACGAUAAAGACACUAUAACUUGCGCAUUUAAUGAUCAGUACAAAGAAUUUAUGUACGAGGGAGAAAUUCAUAGAAUCAAACUAGGUGCACCUACUCGUGAACUGUACGUUGAUGAUCGCUGGUACGAGUGUUACUUCGGCGGUAUGCCGAUUACGAUCGAACUCGGCGGUAAAACAGUUGGUAUAAAACUGGAGGGUCCACCUCCACAAGUCAAGAUUGGUACUGUGAAGAGAACAGAUCUCGUUGUAGCGAAAAUUAAUCUUAUCAUUAAUGCGCGAAAUAUGGUGCCAGUAUUUUUAGACGCGAAACCGCAGAUAUUUGAAAUUGAAGGAAAGCCUCAUACCCUGGAAUUUACAGACGCGUUGCAAACGGUUCUUCUAAACGGACGACCGUUCAAAGUCGAAUUCGGGGGAUUACCUAAACCUAUUAUUGUCAGAGAUAAGAAGCAUUUCAUCAGAUUUUCAGUGUUGCCAAGAGGCGUGCGUGCUGGACAUGUUAAAAUUACUGGAAUGAGAGGUGAGACUCCUGCCGAGUCAUCAUCGCCAACGAUGACUCAAAAACCGAAAGUGGACGCUGCACCUGCACCAAGUCAACUGCCGGCUGUAGAACAGGAAUCUACGUCACAAGAUGAUUCAGAUUUCACUUCGACUUCGAAGCCAGAUUUGCAACUAGAUAUAUUGUCGUCAGUUCUACCAUCGGCGAUGGCGCCGUCGUCCGGCUUGUCUUACGAAGCCGAACCCGUGGAAAAUCCGCCAGCACCAGCACCAGCAUUGCCACUCAACAUGAACGAAUUAUUCCAAAGACUGGUCGAAACUGGCAUUGUUCCCAGUCUCCUGGAACAAAAGAAACAGGAGGAAGAAGAAAAGAAAGAACCCGAGAACCCCGGUUCCUUUGAUAAACCAGAGACUCUUAAAAUCAAACAGCCAGCUAUUGCCGCAGCGUUGUACAGCGGUAUGCAAUGCAGUUCUUGUGGUGCAAGAUUUGCACCUGAAUUGGCUACUCGAUAUAGCCACCAUUUAGAUUGGCAUUUCAGACAAAACAGACGCGAACGAGACUCUGCAAGAAAAGCGCAUUCUCGGCCAUGGUAUUAUGAUAUCAGUGAUUGGAUACAGUUUGAAGAGAUUGAAGAUUUAGAAGACAGAGCACAAAGUUGGUUUGAGACUGAAAAGCAGACGGCAGAAACGGAAGGUGUUGCCACCGAUGACACUCCUCAGGAAACAUUGCAGCCCAGCGUACCGACUGGUAGCGACGAAGAUUCGCGAUGCCAGGUAUGCCACGACGCAUUCGAACAGUUUUAUAAUGAGGAAAAGGAGGAGUGGCAUUUAAGACCUGCAGUUAAUUAUGAAAAAAGGAAUUACCAUCCACUCUGUUUGGAAGAUUACAAGGAAAAGAAUCUAGCGAGAGCAUUAGAAAAAACUGCUUUGGCACUUGAGGAAGCAGCUUCGGAAAUCGAGGAAAAUAAAAUAGAAUGUUCAGAAGAAAUGCCUGGAGAUGAACUUAAAGAGGAGAAAUCCAAUUUAGAAAUAUCGAAUAAAGAAAUUGAACCUACAGAAAAUUCAGAACAAAUAGAAGAGAGUCCCUUAGAGACUGCUACAUCGGAUACUACAGAAAAACCCGCUAAUAUAGAAAAUUCUGAAGUUGUACAAGAUGAAAUAGAAGAGAAAGAAAGUACCAUCGAAGGUACUACUGAAGAAAAUACAGUUAUGGCAGAUGUUGAAGAAAACGUACCAACAAUGAAUGAAGAAGAAACAUCUCCGGGCGAAGGUGUAAUCAUACCGUUCGAAAAUAUUAAGAUUAAAGAGGAGCCAUUGGACCCUGAGAUUGAUGACCAAGACAAUAGCGAAAUGUUUGCUUUCCUAGAGCAUCCUAUUAAAAUUAAAGAGGAGCCUAUGGAUCCUGAACCAGAACCCGAACCAGAUCCCGAACAAAUUGUAAACGAAUCGGGGACUGUAGAUACGACAUACGCUGCAGUGAAAAGUUCCAUUGAUGGAAAUGUAGAAUUAGACUCGACACCGGCACUUGUUCCAGCAGCUCCAUCGCGGAUUAAGAUUAACAUCACUAAACCACUAAACAGUAAUAAAGAUGCGGAAGAGAAUAAAGAAAAAGAAAAGACGGUCGAGACGCCAGUAGAGGAAAACGCAGAACAACCAUUAGUAGCAGCUUCUAUUAAACCCAGUUUACAGGGUAGAAAGCUAUCGAAUUUACCUCCCGUGGAGAAAGGGCAGGAGUUGUCGGGACUCUGCUCCAUUAUGUAAAUAGUACCUGUACAAAAUCUCCAAAAAGAUGAAUAGUAGAGCAUUCCCACGCGAGUGAGUGUAUUUUUAAGUGAAAUCGUUUUGUGAUGGGGAAAAAUUACAAAUUUGAUAAUUUAUGCUCACACGAAAACUCCAAGUAUACUAUUUGUACUUGUGUAAAAGUUUGAUGAUGAUUUGCACUCAUUCUAAACAUUUCAAGUACUAUUUGUACUUCUAUGGAACACGAUAAACCCUUAGAAAUGAAUACGCCCAACAUGUUCGUUGUACGAAAUAACGAUGUUGCCCGAUUCAUUUUAAGAUGUACAAAUAAUGUGAUAUAUAUAUAUGGGUUUACUUGUAAAAUAUACACAUCAAUCAUCAACGGAAAAACAAUGACGACGAUACUGGAUAAAGAAAAUGACUACUAUCGCUAUUAGAGAGCAUUAUUUUGUUGUAUAAAAGACUUAUUUACUACAGGUUUGACUUCCUUUUUAAUUAACCUUUCUACAAUUUUCCUUUAUACUUAUAAUUUCAAAACUAUAUUUAGGGCCUGAAUUUGAAUUCGUAAAUAAGAACAUAAUAAAGGCAUUAAUAAAAAGUUAA